GCAACAACAACAACAGCAACUAGCAACAGCAAGUGCAACAACAACAACAACAACAACAACGGCUUGAAAACUUGACCGAAUUUUCAAUCAAUUUGGCGUCUCUAAUCUCGCCCAGAAUCGCCUUCGACUUCACGAUCGCGAUCGCAAUGAUUUAUUCAGUUUAUUUGUGAAAUACUAGAGCCAAGUUUAUACUGACACGUUUUGCGUCGUGCCAAAAAAAAAAAAAAAGCAAAAAAAAAAUCAAAAAUAAGAGAAAAGAAGAGAUUUCCCCAGCUAUCAGCUAGCUUGUCGUGUAAACAAUCGUGUAAACAUUUUGCCUGAUGAGCAAGCUGCUGCUGUGAGUGCUAAGGAUUUCCAGUGCAAGUGCAGUUCAAAGUGAAUCGUGCCCCACAUUGUUGCUGUUGUUGUCUUAUAUGCUUAAGCAAACAACUGAGGCAACAGCAGCAACAGCAACAACAACAAGCAGCAGCUCACUUGCAUAGAAAGAUAGAGAGAGACACAAACACACACACAGCAAAGUAGAGCGGCACACGGAUCUCUGUGUUCUGAAUGGAGACGACGUGCGGGCGCCGGGGGCAACGUGAUGAAGACGGAGCUACAGCUAUUGGGGCAUUAAAAUUGGCGAGUGUUUGCCAAUAUCAAGCACACGAAGAAGAAGAACAACAACACCAACAACAACAAGAACAACAACAUGGCCAUAGGGCAACAGCAACGAACUAAAUGUAAUUCAUGGUUACAACAAACCAAAAACAAACUGCUGCUACUGGUGGUGAACACAAAGAUACACCCAUCACAAAAGUACCGCCAUGAAUGAGACAGAGUGUGAGGAUCUCAUUAAAUCUGUGAAAUGGACGGAACCGGCGAAUCUGAUCUCUUUGGCCAUACUCGAGUUUAUCAACGUACUGGUCAUUGGUGGCAAUUGCCUUGUCAUUGCCGCCGUCUUCUGUUCAAACAAAUUACGUAGUGUUACCAAUUUUUUCAUCGUUAACUUAGCCGUAGCCGAUUUACUCGUUGGCCUCGCGGUGCUACCAUUCUCGGCCACCUGGGAGGUGUUCAAGGUUUGGAUAUUUGGCGAUGUCUGGUGCCGCAUUUGGUUGGCUGUGGAUGUCUGGAUGUGCACGGCUUCGAUAUUGAAUCUAUGUGCCAUAUCGUUGGAUCGCUACGUUGCAGUCACGCGACCCGUCACCUAUCCAAGCAUUAUGUCAACGAAGAAGGCCAAGUCUUUAAUCGCCGGCAUUUGGGUACUCUCAUUUGUUAUAUGCUUUCCACCUUUGGUGGGCUGGAAGGAUCAAAAGGCCAUGGUACAACCGACCUACACACGGGGAAAUUAUACGCUUUACUAUGCCACCACAAUGUCAAGCACACAGGAUGAGCAACUAGAUAUAGAUAGAAAUAUUAUUAAGCAUAAAGAGGCCGCAGCCUCUUUGAUAACUGCGAAGGGCAAUGGCAAUGCCUACGAUCCAUAUGAUCGCAACUUUGCGCCAAUCGAUGGCUCAGCUGAGAUUCAUAUAUCAACCAUUACAACAACAACAUCAACUACGAGUACAACAACAACUUCACCUGUUACUGAAAUGGAUUAUGAUCUUAUAAAUGCGCCACCAGUGCAAAAUGUGCCACAACCGGCAACAAGUUGUCCCUGGAAAUGUGAGCUAACCAAUGAUCGAGGCUACGUACUCUAUUCGGCUCUCGGUUCCUUCUAUAUACCGAUGUUCGUGAUGCUCUUUUUCUACUGGCGCAUCUAUCGAGCCGCUGUGCGUACGACGAGAGCGAUUAAUCAAGGCUUCAAGACGACCAAGGGCUCCAAAGGCAUUGGCUCACGCUUCGAGGAGCAACGCUUGACGCUGCGCAUACAUCGUGGACGUGGCUCCAAUCAACAGGACUCGAUGCACAGCAACGGCAGCACCCAAAGCACAACCACAACACUGGGCACACCAUCACCCGAACGUCUGAGUAAAUACGCAACACGGAGACUCCAUCAUCAGCACGACAAGAUCAAGAUCUCAGUCUCGUAUCCAUCCAGCGAGAACAUCAAUGAGCUGGCACAAUCGGAGACAUCCUCGCACGAACGUCGACCCUCGAGCAAUGCGCUCUUCUCAGUGCACUACAACGGUUCGCAUGGCCGCGAAUCAACCGAAUCGCAGCUCUACAGGCAACAGCAUCACGGAGGCAGCACCUGUUACUUGCAGGUGAGCAAAGCGCUGCCCGAGUUGGGGAGACGUCAGAGCAACACAAGCGAAGCGGGCGGCGUUGGCGGACAUCCGCGGUCGGCGAACAAAAAGAUGGGCAGACGCAACAUCAAGGCGCAGGUGAAACGCUUUCGCAUGGAAACAAAGGCAGCCAAAACGUUGGCCAUCAUCGUGGGCAUGUUCAUCUUCUGCUGGUGUCCGUUCUUCACGAUCUACAUCAUACGACCCUUUUGCCAGGAUUGUGUGGAUCCGCUGCUCUUCUCGGUGCUCUUUUGGUUGGGCUACUGCAAUUCGGCUGUGAAUCCGAUGAUCUAUGCGCUCUUCUCCAAAGACUUUCGGUUCGCCUUCAAGCGCAUCAUUUGCCGUUGCUUCUGCUCGCGUCAGAGUGUCUCCCUAAAGAGUUCGCGUCGUGGCUCGGAUAUGUCGGCCAUUCGGAUACAAGGACGUACGCCCAGUAUUACGCCAAGUGCGGCGGCGCAUAGUUUUGGCGAUGAGAGCGAACUGCAUCAUUCGCAGCACUCAGAGCUGGGCAAUGAGGCCAGAUGACGUUCGUUUGGGCCCAGCUCGAGCUCUCACAGCAGCUUGGGUGGGUUACGCAAGACGAGUCUCAAGGUUCCCGUCUAUGAGAUCUGUCAUCCGCUCGUCAUGGAGACGCCCUCGUAUUCGUAUGUCGAGGCACCCGGUGAUGCACAGCCACCACCAUCAACAGUGAAUGCAACCUCGGCCACUGGGAAUGGGAAUGCAAAGCGUACGCAAUUGUAGCCACGGGAAUUGUUGGCGCUGCGCAGCUUGGGAGCCUCUGAGGCACAUUCGAAUCUCAUGCGGGGGCAGCGACCACGACGCACAGUGCGCAUUGAGUACAGCGAUGCGAGGGUCUAAAAAAAACGAAGCACAUUUCUAGUUGCACUACUUAUAAGUAAAGUAAAUAAAAUAAAUGUAUAAAUAGCCAAGUAAGUGGUUAAACCAGUUUACUCUUUGAGCUUUCCUUUGCGCUAAAUAAGUAAUUUAAACGAUAUGCAAUAAGUACGUUUAGUUAGCUACAAAAGUCAUCAAAGUCUAUGUCUAUUUGAUACUCAAUAAAACCAAAAUUGAUGUGAGCAUUUGUAAAGGCCAAAAUGCAUUAGUUAACUGUAAUUAUUAUUAACUAAUUCUAAUCGCUAUACCAAUUGAGAGUUGUACCUUUAAAAAUUCCAACAACAAAAUAUUCAUAUACUACUAUAUACAAUAUACAAUAUACGAAUAUGUUUGCGAAUUCAAAUACAAAU